AUGGAAGCACAAAAUCUUCGUGAAGUGCUUGUUUGUACAGCAAAAUUGAAAGCGAAAGACAUAACAUUAACCAAACUUCAAGAUUGUUUAAAUGCUGUUAAAAACAGCCCAUUUCCUCCGUCUGAAGCAACAACAGAUAUGUUAUGGCGGUCUACCAUACUUUAUUAUACGGUACUGGUAUCUUUUGCCGAUUAUGGUUUAAUGGAUAACCAAGAACAAACAUGCGAUAUGGAAGCAAUGAUCAGCUUGAACGAUCAGUCAGUUUUCCUUGCGACGAUGGAUCUCGUGAGGCAAUUUUCUUUACAUCUUUACCUUCCACGUGAAUUGCGAGGAAUAACUAAUUGUGAGACACAGCUGAUGGUGCUGCUGAAUGAACAGGAACGUGUCCGGCGUCUUUUGUACUGUGUAACGCAUUUCGAGCGAUUGUUCCAAAACAACAUGAUAGCCACACAGCGGUUAACAGAGUUGGGAGAUUGCAGCAUAGAUUAUAUAGCCGCCGUGUAUAGUCUCUCAAAAAAAAGUCCUUUAGCUGAUAAAAAAAUGGUUGUCUUCUCCAAGGAAACUAUCUUUCGAAGUUUGAUGAUGAUCAAAGGUGCUCCUGGAUUACCCGAGACAUUGUCAUUAUUACUACACCGGGAUUUACUUUUUCUUACUGGAGAAUCAGGUGGAUUUUCUACGUUAUGUCGUGUGAUACAUACUGGAGAUGAGCAAGACAAUAAUGUUCCAACGUGGCAAAAAAGUGAGAUAGUUGCAAAAAUAGUUGCUAGCAAAGGACAUACAAAGAGUUUUUACCGGCAAGUUUUAACAGAAUGCUUAAAAUUCUAUGACUGGUCCGUUGAGGCUAACACGAAAAAGGCGCUGAUAUACGCUGAGACAUGUAUAGCAUGCCUGAAACGAUUCUGCGAUAUGCCAGUUGCUUAUCGUGAACUUUACGAACGGAUAGAGACACAUUUUUUAGGUUGCUUUCAAUCAUUGGCUCACCCAGAAGAGUUAAUUGCUAGUUUCGUUGUUGGAGAGCGAGCCAAACUGAUUCGAGAUUUGCACAAGUGUCACAGAGUAUUUACUGGAGCAACGUUCACCUGUUUGCCAUCAUCUCUGCUGGUAUCUUAUAUUCAAAUGUUCUUGAAACUAUAUAUGAUGCUACCAGAUACAUUAGAAGAGCAUAGAUAUUUGUAUGAUUUGAUUGUAUUUUGUUUGUCCAAUCGCUCGAAGCAAGAAUUGAUGGAUAUAAUUCAAUGUCUGCUGUACGGAAGUGUACAUAGCGAAAAAACCAAGUAUUUGUUGCACUCCCGUAUAGUGAUCAAGCAUAACGAAGCUAGUGAUGAUUACAUAUUGCAUAUAUGUCCCCUCUCAGAUGAUGAUCACAAUGAAAAUGAUAGCUUGCUUCCAGUGCUGGUUGAUGUGCUGAAAUCUUCCAAUCGAAACCUACUCAAUUAUGAUGUGUUUCUUAUUCUCUUGAAUGAGCUAAUGCCGAGCACUUGGAUAAAUGAGAUGCACGAAGAGCAACAUCUUCAUGAAGAGAACGAGCGCGAAGAAUUAUUUUAUUCUCAGAUCUGUACAAAGUAUAUACUGAUCCAAGCCCUGACGGAUUUAGUAAAUUAUAAGGGCUUGCAUAGUCAACUGUACGAUAAUCCUAAUGAGCUACUGAACAUAUUGAUGACGACUCUAAGCAGAUAUUUACAAGAAUCUGAAAGUACACUAAAUUCUACAAGCGUUGACGAAAAAGCUAAGGUUUUGGAAAUCGUGAUUUCAAUAUUCUGUGAAUUCCUGCAUCGCACCCGUAGUCGACCCGAAGUAGAUGAUAUUUUGAAGCUCCUUCAACGCUACCGUAGAACAAAAUCGUGCAGCGAUUCAAUGAAAGUUCAGAUUGAUUUGUUGUGCGAUGGUACUUUGCUUGGUAAUGCAGGACAAACGCAUACUGCAUACCAAAAUGCGUUAAGUUUAUGUGCAGAUCAACAACCAUACUGCAAGGUGUUUGGAACUACACUUUUAAUAAAGUUGAUAAAAGAACGUGAUCCCGAAACGAUUGCACAGCGACAAUCGAUUCUGAUAUUGGCCUUGGUGAAUCUUCGCGAAGAUGAUAGUUACGCUUUUCUCAAUUCUGUUCGGUUGCUAGUAGCUCUAUGCAAUAUACUAGAGGCAGACGUGGUGGAUACGCUACUAAAAGAAUAUCUCAAUGAAGACAAUGAACAGGACUACAGGCUUAAGAUAGGCGAGGCUACUGUGAAAACAGUUGAAACACUGGGUCCCCUCGCAAUACGGUAUCGUGAUGUGUUGAUGAAUUGUUUCCUUAUAGGAACACGUCACUCCAUCAAUGUGUUACGGGUGUCAAGCCUUUCUAACAUUGGGAUCAUUUGCCGCAUACUAUCUUACCAAGUGCAUAACUUUUUCUAUGAGCUAUUCAUGUGCAUUAAAUCAAUCGUGGAAACUGAUAGUUACCUUCCGGCGCGCAGGGCAGCGAUUUUGGUGCUUUCACAACUUUUUGAAGGAAUACAACAGCUAAUGGACCACCAGGAUCAUUUGUUACUUAUCUAUCGCUUUUUGAAACUCAUCCUCGCAACUGAUAAGGAUGAUGUGACGAAGCUGCAGGCGGCUAUCGCUUUAGAUCACUUAAAAACAAAAGCUAAAGAUUUUCUCCAGAUCAGUUCCGAUUCUCUGGAGAAAAACAUUUUCGGAAAAAUUAUUUGAGUUAAUUGUUUUCCAAAUUUAAAAAAAUAUAGUAAUCUAAAAUCAUGAUUGUAUCAUGAUG